AUGAUCCUUACAGGACUUCUUUUAAUGGGCGCAGUGGCAGCGCAAUCAAGUACACUGUACUUGAAUCUACUCUGGGAUCCUCAGCCUACACUGACCCUCGUCUCCUCCGAUGCAACGGCAACUACUUUCGAGAAAGGCUGUCCCUUUACCACGACCGUUUCCUCCACGCCAUCACCCACACCAACCUCCUCAGAUUUCUACGAUGCUUAUUUCUCGCCCGCUGAGGAGUCAGCAUACUUGUCCAGCCUCUACUCGCGUUUUUCGCGCGAAGACAGUACCGCGCUUUAUGAGAUUACGGCGUCAAGCGAAUUUGCAAUAUGUAUUCCAUUCACGCUGAUCCAAGGUCCAGAAACAUGGGGCUUCCAUCUAACGAACCCCGGCGAAUAUCCCGGAACCAAAGACGGUGCUUGCACGUGGAAGGGUGCUUUUACGACAGCGGAAAUUACGUGUACGGCCGAAUGGAAGGCGCCCGACGUUAGUGGUUUGGAUUUUACGUUCACAGGGCCGGAAACCAUAACGAUUCCACAUGAAGAAUUGAGGAGAGAUCACACCGCGUUCGCGGUUGCGACCAUUGUGAAUGGGCAAUCCAUAGCUGCUAGCGCGACGCCAGCAAGUGUUGCAGGAACGGGUGCAUCGCCGACGCAGAAUGUGGGACCAGCACUCAGGUUGACUGGAACUUGGGCUUCAACCAGAGCAGCGGUGGGACUCUGGGCUGUUGUCUGGCUUCUGAUAUGA